UUCAGUUAGUCAUUAACUUUAGACUAUAAAGCUGAAGGACCUUUGAGGUAAGGACGAGUUCGUCACAGCUUUUACACUGAAAAAGUUCUGUUUUUUUUUUGCUCUGUGAGGGAGUGUGAGAGUGAGGAUGAGCGACAGUGAAAACGACAGUGAAAUUUCUUUCUCUGUUAAAUUCCUCGGCCGUGUCGAGGUGGUGCGUCCAGUGGGGAUGGAGAUUCUGAUGGAGGCUACAGAGUCUGUGCAGGUCCUCCACCAGACAGGGAAGAAGAAAAAGAGUAAAGUUCAUCUGUUUUUGUCCAGAAGUUCUAUUGACAUUCUGGAACAUAAAACAAAAUUCAUGCUGUACUCCUGCACGCUCUCGUCCGUGUCUUUCUGCGCUGUUCAUCAGUCUCAACCCAAAGUCUUCGGCUUCAUGGCGAAACACCCAGCGCUGGACUCGCACCACUGCUACAUCUUUCAGAGCUCCAAAUUUUCUCAUCUCCUGGUGUCUGUGAUCGCAGACGCGUUCCGGGUCAGCAGACGCUCGGAGAGCGUGAGGGGAAGUCGUGACCUGGUGGUGGAGGCUCUUAGACACAAGAAUAAAGUCCUGCAAAGGGAGAAUGCAGAACUGAGGAGGAAACUGAAGGACAGUGGAAUGGACAGCACUGAGGAAACUGACCAGUCUGAUACAGAGCAACCCACAUCACGUGUAAGAUUCAACUCAGGCAGCGACACAACGGCUUUGCUGCGUAACUUCUAACCAUGUGUGUGUGUGUGUGUGUAUAUAUAUAUAAACAAAUAUCCAUUUUAGCAUUAAACUCACUGCCAGGUGCACACACAGUAACAUUCACCGACUGCAAUGUGGGAUAAAUAACACAUCAUUAUUAUUCUUUAUUAUUAUAAUUUUACUUUGUGUAUGAUCAUUAUAUUACUAUAAUAAUUAUUAUAUGACUUUAACUAUUGUAUGCAUGUGUGUGUGCUUUCAGUCUACUAUACACUGAUGUAGUAAUAAAUAUCAUUUAUUUUCAAAUUCAUUUAUAAAAUUAGGCA